UUUUCUACUUUUAAUUUAAUAUAUAAGGGGAAUCGUUCUCUCAAUCAGGACAAUUGUUAACCAUGUCUUUUCGAGGCGAUGGAAUCGAUGAUGAAACGCCUCUCUUCUGGAGUCCGGAAUAUAUUUUCGAGUUACCGGAACCAUGUCUUCCAUUAAGGCCACAAAAUCACCAACACCAAGCCCUUCAUGGACAACAACAAGGCAUUUCGCAUGAGUCUUGGUUACGAGGAAAUCUAUUAAAUGUGCGUUCAAGGAACCAAAUAGGGAUGGGUCAACGAAUCGGACAAGGAAAUGGAGUUGAACACCCAACUAUGUCUUAUUUUCAUGAGUUUCCAAAUCAUCUUCAAGAGAUACAACAAGUAAGUUCUGAUGCAUUUGGUUCACUGUUUCCUCAACACUUCCAUCGUUUUUCAGAUGAUAACCUUCCCGUUAUCACCACAAACAUAACAGCAACUUCUCUAAAUAGACAACAACAUUGUCUUUGUGCUCAUACUCUUUCAACUAGAGAGCCUCUGUUAAGCAACCAAAAUCAUAAUUAUUAUGAUUUGAUUCAAUUUUUGGCGGUGAAUACAGAGCAUUCAAGUCACAUAGGCCCGAGCAAUCUCAUUCCAAAUGGGUUACAUAAUUAUAUGCCUUAUCAGACGUAUGUCCCAAUCACUUCGGCUUUUACCAUAAAUGGACAGCAACUGCCCCCAUCGGUUUUAGCCAUUCGGCGUAAUGAAGCUCACAAUCUAAGGACGGUUAACAAUUCAGCUAGGCAUCAUGUCAUUAUGCAAAGAAGGGUGCAUCAGUCCUCAUCAAGUUUUCGGGUUUCCAGCUUAUACACUCUGCUGCGUAGACGUCCAAGCGCAAACUCAAGCAUACCUCCACAAAAUGAAGUUAUAGGAUCUCGGCGAAGAACUUAUGAAAGUCGGUUUCAAUUUGGGGAACCAUCAUCUUCUACUCGACGCAGGAGGACUACACCAGCAGAUGGAAGUGUUGGUUCAACUGCAAUCAAUCCUACUGGAGAAAGGAGAGUAAAUGGACUGUACGAUGUCAUUUGCUUAACAUACCUGAGAGUAUAUCAUGGAUAAAGAGAGUUCGCCCUAAACGCUCCCAGGCACGGGGCUCGAGGUACACCGAAUUUCAAUGUCUUCCGGCGCCGGCGACGCGUUUUCACGCCGGCGCUGGUCUCUCUCGUCGCCGCUGUCUUCUGCCUUCAUCCCACUGUUCGCUGCUCACUUCAAAUUUCAGAUGCUACGGAGUCGUAGCCUUUUGCAAACCGAAGAAAGGGAUACCCGACGGAGCCUUUGUCGGAGACAUGAGCUUCGGCUCCUCGUUUCCACUAUAGUCCUCCUGACGGUUCUUCCUACUUGAUCGGUCUGCUCUCCAGCGAUGAGUCGAGAGGAUUCUCUCGCCACCGUUGUUCUCAGGUUCACGGGAACGUUUCCUGGUGAACUUCACUCUGGCUGUCUACGGAAAAGCUAUACUGUCGACCUUAGCCGAGUUCUUCAACUUAUCAUGGAGUUAAGCUCUCAACGCUCAAGCUCUUGCUUUCCAUCUCCGGGAAGUGAGACAGCAAAACUACCGCAUGUCGCUCCUUUCUACUCAUAUGGUGCCAGAGUGCAAGGCAACUCAAGCUCAGAUCCAAAUCUCAUCGGAAGAUCUUCACUUUUCUCUCCUCCUAGUGAGCUGCCAUCUCCCCUUGCGUGCCCCUUCCUCAACGGCGGAUCUGCAUAUCAUCACCGAACGUCUCUCUCUACAUCUGGGUUCGAUGGUCACUCAGCUUGCUCCGGUGAGCUCGUCUCUCCGCCGGUGAGUACCAUCUAUCUCUCAGUCGACAUCUGCUGCACCAUCUCCGACCUUCAAUUUCGAUCAACGACGUCUCGAAUUUUGCCGGCGACUGCUUCAGAACCAAAGAGAUAUGUACCUAACUGGGCCUGGCCCAAUUCCUUUCUUGAAGCUACUAAGGUGAUUAACAAGAACCUAAAGCCCAUAUUUUCAAAUCAAAACAUGCGAUAUAUAGUUGUGGUUAUGGCCUUUUUGGUUAUAUUAAAGAUGUUUGAUGGAUUCUUCGGGAUCAAUAAGCUGAGAUUAUUACAAUAUCAUCUCUUUUGGAAGAAUUUUUAUGUGGGUUCACCAACUCUGGUAUGGGUUUCAUCAUCCUCCUCAAACGAGGAGAGUUUUUUACAACUAUGCCUCCCUUCUAUGAACGGAGAUGCUCUCUCGGAUUCUCUGCUGAGUCCUUGUUUCAACUUACUUACCGGUUUGUUACUUUGCGUAGCGGUCUGUACGGGGCCAGAAAGUGCAAUCGAGACUACUUCGGUUUUUCUCGUUGGUGAGGGUUGUCCCUCAACGUCACUUGUGACUAUUUCUCAGCUAUCCGACUUUGUUGUAGCUUCUUCGACGCAUUCAAAAUUUGUUUUGAAUUCGCUGUCAACUUUAUAUGGAGACUUAUCCUAUUUGAUCUCAUUUUCCAUUUUAGUUUAUGAUUUGUUUUCAAGAGGAUGUCCAAUUCCCUCUUUCCCUUGUAGUCCUUGAAGUUAAGUUUUAAUGAAAGUUGUGUUUCAAAAAAAAUGGACUGUACGAUCCAGAAUACCAAAGACAAGGUCUAUGUAUUGACCCUCACUUGAGAAAUUUUCUCAAUCAAUAAAUGGUAAAAAAAAAAAUUUUCUUACUGGUUAGUUUAUGAGAUUUAGUUGAUCUAUUGAUUAAUUUAUGAAUUUUAGUCUAUUUAAUAUGCACAUUCUUAUGACUUUGGCAAUAAUUAAUACUUACAUUUUAUUGAUUCAUGAUUUAUUCUUUUUAAU